AUGUCUAAGCAUGCAGCUCUCUUGUAUUCUUAUGCUUUUCCUAUUCUUGCACUGGCUAUGAGCUUGCUGUGCACAGCCGUUGAUGAAGAAGAUAGAAAGGUCCAUAUUGUGUACUUGGGGUCACUUCCUAGUGAUGAGCUUUACUCACCAUUGUCUCACCAACCUGGUAUACUAGAAAGGGUUGUCCAGGGAAGUUCUGCUGCAAAUGUGUUGGUGAGAAGUUAUGGAAGGAGUUUAAAUGGAUUUGCUGCCAAGCUCACCAACCGCGAGAGAGGAAAGCUUGCUAAGAUGAAGGAAGUAGUCUCUGUCUUUCCAAGCACAACUUUCCAACUUCACACAACAAGAUCUUGGGACUUUAUGGGCUUCAGUGAGAGCAUCUCUCGAAGUAAAACAGUUGAGAGCAAUGUUGUCAUGGCCGUGAUUGACAGUGGAAUUUGGCCUGAAUCCGAUAGCUUUAAAGAUGAUGGUUUUGGUCCUCCUCCCAAGACAUGGAAAGGUGCUUGCCAAGGUGGCCAAAAUUUCACUUGCAAUAACAAGAUUAUUGGAGCUCGGUUUUACACAUCAGAGGAGUCUGCAAGGGAUGAGAUUGGUCAUGGAAGCCACACUGCCUCAACGGCAGCAGGAAAUGCUGUAAAGGAUGUGAGCUUUUAUGGACUAGCCCGUGGUACUGCAAGAGGAGGAGUUCCUGCUGGGAGAAUUGCUGCAUAUAAUGUCUGCACUAAUCAAGGUUGCAGUUCGGUUGAUAUCUGGGCUGCUUUCGACGAUUGUGUUGAUGAUGGAGUUAGCCUCAUUACAAUUUCAAUUGGACGUACUGUUGCAACUUCUUUCGAAAUGGAUCCUAUAGCAAUUGGUGCUUUUCAUGCAAUGAAGAAAGGGAUACUAACUGUACAAUCUGCAGGCAACAGUGGUCCUGGAAAUGGUACAGUCUCAAGUGGGGCACCGUGGAUUCUUACGGUUGCAGCAAGUAGCAUAGAUCGUAAAUUCAUUACCAAGGCUGUUCUUGGAAAUGAAACUAAUCUAGUUGGGAUUUCAGUGAAGUCUUUCGAAUCAAAUGAAUCAAGUUAUCCUUUGAUAUAUGGAAAAAAUGCUUCAAAACAAUGCUCGGAAUUCUUUGCCGGGUAUUGUCUAGAAGGCUGCCUAGACCCUGAUUUACAAAGCUCAGAGUUCCUGUUUUCUUCACCAUAG